GCGGCAGGCAUGCGCUUCACUCAUGAGUGCUUCGCUGGUGCCUUUGCCUUCUUUUCCUCCGUUGUUGGGGCCGCGCUUCUGGCGCUGGUGGGAAUCCUGUCACACCUGAGAUCUUCGAGCUUGGCUCUUCCCAUACCAACUUAAUUAUUGCAUCUCAUCUCCAGUCCAUGCUUUCAUGGGUCCUUUCGUCCUUUCACUUGAGGAUACCUGUACUCAUUUCGUCCUCAUUCAACCACGCGCUGUCGUCUUCCCCCUCUGCUCAGUCAUUUCUGUCCUACAAAACUUCUCAUUCUAGGUAAUUUUUCGGUCUUUUACCUCUGCAUUACUACCACUGCCUGCGCGAAUUUCCCCGAUUUAAAACCUGGAGGAGGAUCUGUGGCUGGUAACCCGUCGAGGUUGAGCCGCCGAAAACUAAAACUCCCUAAGCCUUGAACCCUGGGUCGCCGCCCCCUUUUCCACGACCUGCACGCCCAAGAUGGAGGUUGUCAACGAUCUGGUCCUUGCUCCCUUCAAGGACAUUGUGCAGCAAGGAAGCAUCGCCCGUGAUAAUGCGAAUGCAGGUGACAACGAAGACAUGCUCUCUGAGAGCCAGAAACUCAUUCGGGGUGCCGAGCGCAUUCUUAAACUCGUCGAACCCAUGUCCACGAGGCUGUGGGAAGUUUAUGGCCACAACUUCAUCGAUGCUCUCAAGGAAAAUGAUGAUAUCGCCUCGUACAGGUCACAGCUCAAUGGCCUACUGUGGGACUUUGAGGACUUCAUCGAAUCCGAUGACUUUGACCACGCAAAGUAUAUUGAGCUCCAGGUACUUUGCAAAACGGCCGGCCUCGACAUUGCCGAGAUUCUCAAGAGGAUGAAACUACAGCCCGUCGUCAGAGAUCACUACCCUAUCUCGGACGAACCACAGAGCCCCGCCUCUGCCAGCACUGUCCGCCCACUAUUCUCACAUCCCGAUUUUGGUGGCGGUCUUAACAUUUACACACCGCAACAGGGUCGCUCUCCAUCUCAGCUCGAGCUUGUGCCUAGUCCAUUCGAACCAGAUCCGUGUCCCGACGAAAUAACCCAAGACGACGCUUCCACUUCUCCCGAGAUAUCUCCCUCCCCUAUUCCGCCACCGCCUCCUCCCCCAGCCGCUGACCCCUGGGACCUGAAGUCAGCACCCCCACACGACCUAGAGGGAGACGUUGCUGAGCGAAGUCUGGAACGACGUUCUCCCAUGCCGCCGUCACCUAGCGAUUCAUCCCUCGACCCCAUGUCGCCGCCUGGUCUCGAACCCGAGAGGAGAGCGACAUUCCCUGUCUCGCCUCGUCGCCUGGACGUUGGUGUAGACUACCUUUGCGAUGAACAACAGCGUCUCCAGAUCGUCGGUUCCCCUGAAAUGUGCACCACACCGCCCGAUGGCUCCAGGCAAGUGAUGCCUUUCGAACCAGGCCCUUAUGCCGGUCGUUCACGGUCGUACACUCUUGGGAUAGAUCCGGGUGCUCAGAGGAGGGUCCCGCCGCCACGCAUGUCCGCUACGAUAUUGCCCAGUCGACAAAACCGCCCUUACUCCAUCGCGGAGUCUGACCACUCCAACUCGUCCAGGCAACGAUCGGGAGGGUCCAUGCAGAGCUCUGUUUUCGACGAGACCCGCAAUGAACCGGAAGGCUCGGCCAGUCCCGCCAUGAUGGACCAUCCUGCAGCGGCGCGGUCGUUCCCCGAGAACCCCGAUUCCAUCACCGGCGCCGGCGGCAACCGCGAAGCCGGUGGGAGUCGAGAAGAUUACCUGCGCCCAGUGGGUCGGACGCCUACUAUCCCCCCCAACUUCCCACCAGGAGUGGAAGACGGGAUUGAGGCGGUUCCGAUACAUAAUGACAGAGACGGAUUGAUCCCUGUAAAUGAAGAUCCAUCAGCGCCCGCCGCACUCGCUGUGGCGAGGCCCAUCCGGCAACUGGACUUUCGAGACUGCACUAUUGGAUCGAAGAGCUCCUUCUACUUGUACAAGGGGUUCUGCGAAGGAGCCAAGAGCGUCAUGCGAGGCGAGGCUGGUGUCAGGAGAUCCAAGAGACCCGGAAUGGCGGGUAGUCAGCCUGUAGCUCGAUGCCUGUUUUGCAUGUACGACUUGGACUAUCACAAGGUCGAGAUGGACUUGAAGGGCGACGUCCAAGGGGGCCACACGCUUCAGGGCAUCUCAUACCGGAUGCGCUUUCUCCGCAAGAGUCACAUCAGCACCAAACGCAACGAUGAGUUCCUCUACGGCUGCAUCUUCUGCGUGCACUCGAAUCGCACGCUCGAUGUUUGCGAUGCGACAGUCUUCUUCUCCGCAAAGCAGCUCUUCAAGCACCUCGCGCGGCACCCCCGCCCCCUUCCCGAGGUACCGGGCAUCACCGUCGUUGACGAGCACAGCGUCCCUGCCGAGCUCACGAACAACUUCGACCUCCAUUUCAAACGGGCCCCCGUGCCUUCCCCCCUGGAGCACAGGCGCGACGAGGUGGCGCAGCUGCCGACGGCGACGGUGACCAAGACGGUCAAGAAGAUGUACGGCAUGCGGCGGCUCUCCGACCAGACGCCCGUGCACGAGCUGGCGGAAGGGGCUCGCAUCUCGGGUGUCGAGUUCCCGGCCAAGUAUCGCGGGGAGUGGGUCACGGCGUGGCACGACGGGGAACAGGCCAGCGUGCCGUUCGACAUUGUCCGUCUGGAUCCGCCCCCCAUGUCGGAGAUCCGCAUGGGUGCCAUGAGCCACGCCACGGCCACGGCGAGAUGGAAGUUUGCUCCCAAAUCCAAGGAAGAAGGGGAGGAAUGGCUCAAGUUUGAGAAGGGGGAAGAAAUCACUAACAUCAGCUGGCUCCACGCCGACCACUGGUGCUGGUCAGGAACGAAUAGUAAGGGGAAGUGGGGCAUCUUCCCACAGGCGUUCAUCGAGCCCAACACGGUCAAGGAGCCAACCAGGUCGAACCAGCCUGGAAGGACUUCUGAAGAACGACGGCGGACCAAGCUACUUUCACAUAUCUCGAUUCUCAAGGGGUCUGCAAGGUGAUUCUUGGUAAAGACAUUCAGGGUAUGGGGGGUGGGGGGGCAACGCCGAUAAAUGGACAUGUUUUGUGGAUUCUCCUUUUUUUUUUCCUUUUUCUGUCCCUCUCUCGUUAUUUUCUUCCCCUUUCCCCUUUUCGUUUCUCUUUCUUUAUUUCGUUCCAUUUUUCAUGUUGUUUUUACUCUGAUUCCCUUCUUGACGAUGAUAUCCGAGCGUUUUUAGUGAGGCGCUAUGUGUUCAAUGAUGAUAUGGAAGGUCUAAGGCGAGCGAAGAGUUGUUCGAAGCGUGGUUCCGCUUCAUUCACGACUGUUAUACCCCAUGCAUGUUUGUUUUCUUCCCUAGCUUUGUGUAUUUCUCCAUUGUCGUUCUGGAUAUCCUAUG